ACAUAUAUAUGACAAUUUUUUUUUUAAAUGAUAUUUAUUAUUUCUACCUAAUGAGGACGACUAAUAGUAAUUAUAAUAUCAUGAAAAAGAGUCAAAAACCUCACAAAAACGAAACCAUAUUCAUAAUAGUAGAGCCAUUAGCCACCUCUAACUCUCUCCAAUCCAAUGGAUAAUUGAGCUUUGACCAAACUCAUCGUCAUCUCUCGCCGCCGGUCACCAUGAUUCUCCGUCAAUCCCUUCACGUCACAACCUUUCUCAUCAUCAUUCUGCUCCACUGCUUCCUUCUCUCCCCAACUUUCGCCGUCGACUUCCUCAUAAACUCUUUCGCCGCCGCCUCAAACUCCACCAACGUCACCUUACUCAACGACGCCCACUUCGACUCAUCGACUGUUCGGUUGACUAAUGACUCCACCAACACCAACCAGAUCUCCAUGGGCCGAGUUUUCUACCCUUCUAAGAUCGCCAUGAGAAGAAGCUCAAAUUCCUCCUCUGCUUCUUCCUUCUCCACCUCCUUCGUCUUCUCCGUUUUGCCGGAUAUAAGCUCCAGCCCCGGCUUCGGCCUCUGCUUCGUUCUUACCAACUUCACUUCACCUCCUGGCGCCAUCUCCAGUCAGUACUUCGGCCUCUUCACCAACGGUACGGUGAAGUCUGAAGCUCCCCUGUUUGCCGUCAAGUUCGACACGGGUCGGAACCCGGAAUUCGGUGACCCGGAUAGCAACCAUAUCGGAAUUAAUCUCAACAGCAUUGAAUCGGAGACGACACAUCCCGCCGGGUAUUACAACUCAACUGGGUCCUUCGUCCCAACCCCAAUGCGAGAUGGGACAAACGUCAGAGCUUGGAUCGAAUUCGAUGGCACCAAUUUCGAAAUUAACGUCACUGUUGCCCCCAUUGGAGUUCCUCGUCCGGUUAAACCUACACUCACUUACAGAGAACCGAAAAUUGCGAAUUUCAUCUCCAACGAAAUGUUUAUUGGGUUUUCGGCUUCGAUAACGCAAUGGAUCGAAGCGCAAAGGAUUUUAGCUUGGAGCUUUAGCGACACUGGAGUUUCGAGAGAGAUCAACACAACGAAUUUGCCGGUCUUUCUUGUACCGGAGUCGUCUUCUUCGUCGCUAUCUCCCGGGGAAAUUUCAGGGAUUGUAAUCGGUUGCGCUGCUUUUGUAGCGAUUUGUUCAAUUGGGGCCUUCUGGUUUUGGCGGAAGAGCAAGCUGAAGGACGAAGAAGAUGACGACAUCGAAGAAUGGGAACACGAGUACUGGCCUCACCGAUUCACCUACGAAGAGCUUGACGAGGCCACUGAAGGGUUCUCCAACAAUCAACUUCUGGGCGCAGGCGGGUUCGGGAAAGUUUACAAAGGAACGUUACCAAACAAAACCGAAAUCGCAGUCAAAUGCGUGAGCCACGAUUCGAAACAAGGGUUUAGAGAAUUCAUGGCCGAAAUUUCAAGCAUGGGAAGGCUUCAACACAAGAACUUAGUCCAAAUGCGAGGGUGGUGCAAAAAAGGCAACAAUUUCAUGCUUAUAUACGAUUACAUGCCCAAUGGGAGCCUUAACCAAUGGAUCUUCGACAAGCCCAAGAAGCUUUUGGGCUGGGAACAACGGCGGCGGGUACUAGCUGACGUUGCCGAGGGCCUAAACUACCUCCACCAUGGAUGGGAUCAAGUUGUGGUUCACAGAGACAUUAAGUCGAGCAACAUACUACUCGACUCGGAGAUGCGUGGCCGACUCGGUGAUUUCGGGCUAGCGAAGCUGUACCAGCACGGGGAGGUUGCAAACACGACGCGGGUCGUGGGGACUUUGGGGUACUUGGCGCCGGAACUGGCCACAGUGGCGGCUCCGACGUCGGGGAGUGACGUCUAUGGGUUCGGUGUGGUUGUUCUUGAAGUGGCGUGUGGGAGGAAGCCGAUUGAGUUGGGAGCGGUGGAAGAGGAGGUGGUGCUGAUCGACUGGGUGAGAGAUCUGUACUUGGAAGGUAAGGUUGUAGAAGCGGCGGACAAGAGGGUUCGUGGAGAGUACGAGGAGGCGGAGAUGGAGGUGGUUUUGAAGCUUGGGUUGGCUUGUUGCCACCCUGAUCCGCAGCGCCGCCCUAGCAUGAAGGAGGUGGUAGCAGUGUUGGUUGGGGAGCAAACGACAACGUCAGCGCCGGGGGAAGUGUUGUCGUUUUUAGUUGGAGGUAAUAGUAGUGCUGUCGUUGACAGUGGUGAUGAAUCAUCGGAGGCGGCUUUUGCUCCACCUCCACCGGCGGUGUAAAUAUUUUUUAUUUUUUUGCCUUAUUUUAUUUUAUAAAUAUAUAUUUAUAUAAUAUUGAUUUGGUAUAGGUUGGAUGUAAUACUUUUAGCCAUAAUUAAGGGUUUUUAGGAUACCACUUUGAAUAAAUUUUGGAUAAAUUUUGGAUGA